AUAUUUAUUUUUGUUUAGUGUUUGUUUAUGUUUAUUUAAUUAUUUCAUUAUUGAACUAUUAUAUUUUAAUAAUGUAAAUAAACAUUGAAUUAACAGGACAUUAUGAGUUAUUACAUAGUUAUAAGGGAAAAACGCGAGAGUGACACGCCUGUAUUAAAUGAAAUUGUGAAAAAUGGAUAUUUAUCCACCGUCAACAAUUCUUGGAUAAAUGCAUUGUUUCAAGAGAUUACUUUCCAACUCAUAAUCCUGUUAGCAGCUCUGCUGUUCAUCUGCUUUGGGGUGCCGUUAUAUUACAGCAUAGUAUCGGUUCCUAUUGUUUUAAUAAGCCUCUAUUGCAUUAUAUAUUCGACAAUUUUUAUGAAAUCUGCACAAUUAAUUUACGAAAAAAGACCUUUGAAAUGUUGGAUAGCCGAAUCAUAUGAACCGUACUUUUUCAUGAAGACCCCUGAAAGCUGUUGGUACAAAAUAAUAGAAGAAACCGAUUUGGUUAAAGAGGGAAUCGAUCAGAAUGGAUUUCAACGAAAAAUGAUCGGAACCAUAUCUGUUGGACAACAUUCCCGAAGAGACGAUUGGGCUUGGUUGUUCAGAUUAGUUGUCGAUAAAAGGUACAGACGAAAAGGAGUGGGUUUAAAAUUAAUAAACACAGUUCAAGAUUGGUGCAGGACGAACCAAUUCAAUGCCAUCGAACUGGCCAUCGGCGAGUGCCAAGAUGGAUGCAGGGAACUGUUCAAUAAAGCGGGCUUCGAGGUAGAACAAUUCUACCACAAACAGUUGCUCGGCAGAUUGAUAACAUUGCAGAUGUUUCAACUCAGAUGCGAAGUCAGAUCGACUUUUUGAUUGUACAAAUGACUCGUAUUUUUAGUAUUCGUAUUUAUUUUGUGUCGAUAUUUUACUCGAAUUAAAUAGGUAGAGAUUAUACCACCUAAUGUUUUUAAAUAGUAUUUCGCAAGUAUGUCGAAUGUUAGUAUCUCUUGUGCUAGAAAAACU